AUGAGCUACGAUAAUCCAAAUUAUCUGCGUCCUCCACCACCACCCCCUCCCCCUCAACAACAACCACAAUACGGACAACAACAACAGAUUGACCCAAACCAACAAUAUCAACAACAACCACAAUAUCAAGAAGAACCAUAUGAUAUCGAAAAUCAAAAAUAUCAAUCCUAUUAUGAGAAACCCGUUCCAGCUCAAGAUUUUGAAGAGAGUUUCAAAGUUGAGAAACCCAAAUUUAAUGACUGGCCAUUUACGGUAUUCUUUCUUUUAGUUGUUGCAGGUUUUGUUGCGGUUGCUGGUAUUACUUUGAAUGCUCUACGCGUGACGUAUAGUUUUCAAGGUGGAUCGAUUUAUGAUUCCGGAAAUACUUUUAGUUUGAAUACUAAUACAAUCAUUCUAUUUUCAUUUGUCAUUGUAGUGGGAAUCGUUUUAUCUGCUUUAAUUAUCGUGUUUGCAAGAAUGGCUCCAAAGCUUUUCAUUAUUUCCGGAUUGAUAUUGAAUAUUGUUUUAGGAAUCGGAACUGCAAUUUAUUAUUUUGUAGCUGGAUAUUAUUCUGCUGCUAUUGUUUUCCUUGUAUUUGCAUUGAUUGGAGCAUGGGCUUAUUGGAGGGCUCGUAGUAGAAUUCCAUUGAGUGCUACCAUAUUGACAAUUGCGAUUGAUGUUAUGAAACAGUAUCCAUCAACACUUAUGACGUCAUUCAUUGGACUUUUGGUCAGUGCCGCAUUCAGUGUAUUAUUUUCAGUUGUAAUUGUGGCAACAUAUGUCAAGUUCGAUCCUAAUACAAAUAAUGAAGCAUGUUCAGUCGGAGGAGGAAGCUGUUCCCAAUCGAAGCUUAUUGGUGUGUUGGUAUUUGUAUUUUUUGCCGGAUAUUAUAUUUCUGAAGUUAUUAGAAAUGUAAUACAUGUCGUUAUCUCAGGUAUAUACGGAACUUGGUAUUACUUAGCUAGUUCAGACCAAGGCGCUCCAAGACAUCCCGCAUUGUCUUCUUUAAAGAGAGCAUUAACGUAUUGUUUUGGUUCAAUCUCAUUUGGAUCCUUGAUUGUUUCUUUAAUCCAGUUAUUAAGACAAUUAUUUGCAAUCUUAAGAUCUAAUUUCGCAGCAGAAGGGAAUGGAUGGGCAGUUUGUGGAAUGAUUGUACUUGAUUUCAUCCUUGGGUUUAUUGAUUGGUUGGUUCGUUAUUUCAAUCAUUAUGCGUAUUGUUAUGUUGCUUUAUAUGGAAAGAGUUAUAUUAGAGCUGCAAAGGAUACAUUUGAUUUACUUCGUUUCAAAGGUAUGGAUGUACUUAUAAAUGAUAUGUUUAUUAACACAGCCUUGAAUUUGUAUUCCUUAUUUGUCGCUUAUGUGGUGGCAUUGUUAGCAUUCUUCUAUUUGAGAUUCACCAAACCAGCCUAUAAUGAUGAUGGUUCAUUCUAUGCCCCAGUGAUUGCAUUCUCCUUCUUGAUUGCAGCCCAAAUCACGCGUGUCACUUUGACUGUUAUUGAAUCUGGUAUUUCCACCUUCUUUGUUGCAUUGGCAAAGGAUCCAGAAAUCUUCCAAAUGACAAACAGACAGAGAUUUGAUGAAAUCUUUAGAAACUAUCCUCAGGUUUUGGAAAAGAUCACCACUGAUCAUUAG